AUGUCUAAUUGGUUUACAUCUACUUUUCAAAUUGUUCGUGACAAAUCGAUUGAUGCACUCGAAUUUGUACGUAAAGAUAUAUCAGAAUUUACAACAACAGUUAAAAGCGAUGCUGAAACUUAUUUAAAUAAAAUAAAAAAUCAAUCUGUUGAUGAUCUUGGAAUUAUACCGAGAUUACAUAAUGAUGAUGGAAAACAUAUUGUAGCAUCAACAACAUUUGAUCGACUUAACAAUGAAAAACUCCGAAUACAAAAUGAUGAAUCAACAUAUUUGACUGAUCCAUUACCAACAGAAACAUAUAAAACUUGGCUUGAAACAAGUGAUUUUAAUGUUGAAAAAUGUAAAAGUGAUAUAUCACAAUUAUUAAUUGAUGCUCCACAUGUUCGUUCAUUCCAUGCACGUCUUGUACCUGCAUGUACAACAUACAAUGAUUUCUGGUCACGAUAUUAUUUUCGUUUAUAUCAACUUGAUGAAGAUGAAAAAAAACGAUUAAAUUUAUUAAAACGUGCACAUGAAAUAUGUAAUGAAAAUUCAGGAAAUGAUUGGGAUGGACCAGAGGAUGAAUGGUUACAUGACACUUCCAUUGUAAAUCAACAAUCAACACCAAUUAUUGCAAUCACUUCCGAAACUAUAACUAAUGAAAAAACAGAAAGUGAUACAGUUUCAGGUGAUAGUUGGGAACGUGAAUUUGAUGAAACAGAUCUCGAUACAUCUAAAGCUAAUUCAAAUCUAUCUAACGCGCUUCAACAAAUAAGUAUAGAUGAAAGUUCAUCUGUACAAAACAGUAUAAAAACAACGAAAAAACCAGAUGAUGAAUUUGAUGAUGAAUGGGAAUCAUGGUCUUAG